CGGCCGGGCUUGAAGUCGUGGCCGUCAGUGGACAUGUUAUUUUCUCUUGUCGAAUUCGAGGCAGCAAAGGCCACGGCCUGAGGUCCAAAGAUUAAUAGGAAGGCGCGCAGGGCAGACGCGGGGCAACCAUUUGGCCGUCGGGGCAUCCUUGUCGAUAAGCCCUGUCAGCCGUGUUGCUAUUGCAGAAGCCCAACGUUCCUGCGCAAGACCUCCAACGCCCCUGUCAGCCUCGUCGCACCACUCGGGCGGGUGAAGUCGGAGCGUAUGACUGAGAUUCGAGACUCGAGAGUGCUAUUUCUGCAGCCAUGCCGCUCUCCUUCUCCCUAACCGAACCCACACUAUCACCAACACUUUCAUCAUCACCAUCAUCAUCAUCAUCAAAUCAUGGCUUCCGAAUCUGUCCCCAUUCCCCGCAUCGCCAUUGUUGGCGCCGGCCCGGCCGGCUGCACUCUCGCGCGCCUACUCCUCUUGCGCGGCGUUCUCUCAGCCUCGCAAAUAGCCAUCUACGAACGAGAGGCCGGCCUGCACGCGCGCGACCAGGGCGGCACCCUCGAUCUUCACGAGGAGAAGGGGCUGGCCGCCCUCAAGGCCGCCGGCCUCUACGACAAGUUUCUCUCAGUCGCGCGAUUCGACGGCGACGCCCUCGCCGUCUGCGACAAGCGCAUGCGGCCGUACCUGCGCCUGACCAGCUCGCGCGACGGUGGCUGGUUCGCCCAGGGCAAGCCCGAAGUCGACCGUCUUGCGCUGCGCAGGCUCCUUCUCGAUGCGCUGCCGCCGGGCCUCGUGCGCUGGGGCCGCGACGUGCGGCGCAUCGACGAGGCCAAUGGCGCCGUCUUCUUCGCCGAUGGCAGCGUCGAGCAGGGUUUCGAUCUCAUCGUCGGCGCCGACGGCGCUUACAGUGCCGUGCGCCAAGCGCUGACGCCGCAGCAGCCCUUCUACUCGGGCGUGGGCGGCUUCAACAUGGUGGUGCCCGAGGCGGCCAAGACCCGGCCGCUGUUGCACCGGCUCGUGAAUGGGGGCUCGUGCUUUGCCUUUUCCGACGGCAAGGUUGUCAUGGGGCAACAGCUUGGCGACGGAGCCGUGUACAUUUCGGUGUGGGGCGUCAGGAGCGAGGGCUGGAUGAGCGAGGCCGGCUACGAUGUGCGCGAUGCGAGGGCGGUUAAGGCGGCGCUGAUGAGUGAGUUCAGCGACUGGGCGCCUGAGGUGCGCGAGAUGCUCGCGGCGUGCGAUGAGGGCGCCGUGUGGCCGCGCUCGUUGGUCAUGUUGCCGGUGGGCAUGAAAUGGGAGAGCAAGGCGGGCGUGACGAUCCUCGGCGACGCGGCUCACGUCAUGACGCCGUUUGUGGGCGAAGGCGUCAACGCGGCCAUGAAGGACGCCAUGGAGCUGGCCGAGGCGAUUGAGGAGGCUUUGGACCGCGGUGGCGGCAGGGAUGCGUGGGGGGACUCGGUGCGGCGCUACGAGGAGGGCAUGUUCGUUCGGGUGCAUCGGGUGCAGAAGAUGACCGAAGACAUGAUGAAGCUGAUGCUCUUCACCGAGGGGGCGCCGGGGACGGUCAUGGCGCAGUGGGUGGUGCGUUCAGUGAGCGACGACAUGAGCGCGGUGGCAGUUGCGCUGCUGACGCCGCUGGUCUGGGCCUACUAUUUUUUCUUCAAGUUGCUGCAUUGAGACAAGCCAUAGAUAGCGUUCGCAUCAAUCUCACCAUUACCCCACAAGGGCACGCAAGGAAGCAGAUGAUCCUAGUUGGGUUGUUCCACGAAUAA